GUAACGUGUGACGUCAUCAUCGAAUUUUGAGAUUUUCUUGAAUUUCCGCUUGUUAUUUCUUUGCAUAUUUUGAUGGUUUUGGCCUCCAAUUCUCCACCAUGAUUCACAGUUUAUUUAUCAUCAAUAGUUCGGGGGAUGUCUUCAUGGAGAAGCACUGGAAAAGUGUCAUUAAUAGAUCGAUCUGUGAUUAUUUCUUCGAGGCUCAAGGCAAGGCUGGAACACCUGAGGAUGUCCCACCAGUUAUACGUACCCCCCAUCACUAUCUCAUAAAUAUCUACAGAAAUCAACUCUACUUUGUUGCCGUAGUUACAACAGAAGUCCCUCCAUUGUUUGUGAUUGAGUUUCUACAUCGUGUGGUAGAAAUGUUUGAGGAUUAUUUCACGGAAUGCACAGAGUCCUCUAUUAAAGAAAAUUAUGUUAUCGUGUAUGAGCUCUUAGAUGAGAUGUUAGACAAUGGAUUCCCCUUAGCAACAGAGUCUAAUAUUUUAAAAGAAUUAAUAAGACCCCCAAACCUCCUCAGAACUAUCACCGACACUGUCACCGGCAAAUCUUCUAAAGGGCUCCCUAACCAGCUAACUGAUAUGAUCACUAGGUCAAAUGUCAGUUCCACCCUUCCUACAGGGCAACUUUCCAAUGUGCCAUGGAGAAGAACGGGAGUGAAAUACACAAACAAUGAGGCAUAUUUUGACCUGAUAGAAGAAAUAGAUGUAAUACUAGAUAAAUCAGGGUCUACAGUUACUGCAGAAAUCCAAGGAUAUGUAGACUGUCUGAUCAAGCUAAGUGGGAUGCCAGACCUGACACUAUCAUUUGUUAAUCCUCGUCUUCUGGAUGAUGUCAGCUUUCAUCCUUGUGUUCGAUUUAAGAGAUGGGAGAGUGAGAAGGUGUUAUCAUUUGUGCCACCAGAUGGCGCUUUCAAAGUGAUGUCAUACCACAUAGGAGCUCAAAAUAUGGUAGCCAUUCCAGUGUAUUUAAAGCACAGUAUUCAAUAUAGAGAGGGAAGUGGGGGACGUUUAGAUAUUACAGUGGGACCACGACAGACUAUGGGGAAAACAGUAGAAAAUGUCUCCCUCGUUAUACCAUUCCCAAAGGCAGUGUUAAAUGUUACUUUGACACCAAAUCAAGGAAAAUACUCAUUUGAUCCCGUAUCUAAGAUUAUGACCUGGGAUGUCGGCCAGAUAGAUACUAACAAACUUCCAAAUAUAAGAGGAAAUAUAAACUUGCAAACUGGUCAGCCUGUCCCCGAGAGCAACCCAACUAUAUCUGUAAAUUUCACUAUAUCACAACUUGCCGUCUCUGGGGUGAAAGUCAACAGAUUGGAUAUGUACGGAGAGAAAUACAAACCAUUCAAAGGAGUGAAGUACCUUACAAAGGCAGGGAAAUUCCAAGUUAGGACAUAAUGAUUAAUAAGAAAAAAGAUGAUCAAAGGAAGUAAAAUAUAGAAUAUAACUCUACUAAAAAAUUCUCAUUCUCCAUCAGCAAAUGUUUGUCUUUCAUGCUGCAGAGAGAGGAUGUGGCAGAUAUGUUGAUGCAUUUGGAGAAUGAAAAAUGAGAAAUUCUAGCAAUUGAUGUCUUUAGUCAGAUAUAGAUGGAACAUUAAGAUUUGUAACUUUCACAAUAGGGUGGUUAAGUUACAGCCAAGUAAAUAGUACAAAUGGGAAAAAUUAUCCACAGAGAACCAUAAUUCUACAAGUUUACAUAAAAGUUUUUUUUAAAACGUGUAUCUUAACCUCCCUAUUAUGUUAAUAAAUGUCCUGGUCAAUAUAUUGGACAUUUAGAAUAUCAUUCAAACCAAGGGUCAGGGAAUUAACUCUAAUAAUGUUCAUUUUCAUGUAAAACAAAAACUUGCCAAUUUAUAAUUAGAAAAAUCUUAAUGCAAAACCUUUGCUUACAUAUAUGCAUACUUACCUACGUUCCUGCAUGAGGAAUCACUCCCCAAGAACAAGGAUCAAAGGAUUGAUUUAUCCAUUUGAAGAAAUAUACAUUGUAGUUUAUUCUGAUACAUCCUGCAUAUGGAGAAUGCACAUGUAGACAUGCCAUUUGGUGGAUAGUAUCUCUUUAGUUUUGGGAUAUAUAAUGUAACUAUUGUAUAUAUUAUAAAAUGAACCUAUAUGUAAUUAAUGAUAAUAAGUGGUCUGUAUACCAAGAUGUUCUGUAGAUAUACUGUAGAUAGUCAAUAUAUGGAAUGGAUCUAUGAUAACGAUAAUUGCAAUAGCAUUGUAGUUAAUUACUUGACUGACACUUGUCUUGACGACUGUCAAUAGGGAAGGUAGGGGGCAUAAAACAGUGAAUUCAAUUGUGAAUUACAAAGAGAAAAAAGAAGGUACAGAAUUAUGAAGAUUAAAAAUAACAAAUCAGAGAAUUACAACAAGAUAAAAAAGCUUUUUUGAAGAGAAAGAAUAACAUAAGUUGGAUCAAUGUACAUGCACAAUGUACAGUUGUAGUGUAUUUGAAAUUGGAAGUGUGUACUUUUAGUGAAUAACACCACCAUAUGUACAUUUCAUCUGCCUGUCAUCAUAUCAGUGCAAUAAACUGAAUGUGAAAAACA